CUUAAACCUAUCUACAAGGAACUGCACUUCGAAUAUUACAUAAAUUUCAGGUUGGUGCUUUGAUUUUUUGCUUAGUUACCAAGCUUCUUGUUCCUGGUCUUUCCUGUUCUAUCGAUAAGGUUGUUGCUUCCAUUUCUGCGGGCUACUGGUCUUGCCUCUUCAAUUUCUGCACUAAUUUCAGGCAAGGAAAUUGUAACUUGCGAAUAGCUCAAGAUGGCAUCAAACUAGUCAUGGUUGCAGGUCAGAAUGAAUUGCCAACAUUCAGCCAUUCCCUGACUGAAUUUAUGUAUGGCACUCUAGUCGGAAAAUUUAUUGGUGGUGAAAUCUUCACCCAUGGUCAAUGGCAACAUUGUUGAGCCUUUAUGUCUCUCAGUAUUGAAACGCUGCAAGAACCUUAGAUCCGUCAAACAAGUCCACGCCCACAUCGUCAAAACUGGGAUAUCUGAUGCAUUUGUCACCGGAAAUCUCAUCCUUCACUGUGCCGUACUCAUCUCCGAUGCUCUCCACUAUGCCCACUCUCUCCUCCACCAUUUCCCAAAUCCAGAUGCCUUCAUGUACAAUACCCUCAUACGAGGAUUCUCCGACUCAGAUCACCCAUAUCACUCUCUCACGACGUUCAUCGACAUGCGCCGGAACUCGGACAACUCACCAGACAGUUUCUCCUUUGCCUUUGUGCUCAAAGCGGCUGCGAAUUUACGAUCUUAUACCACCGGGAUUCAACUCCAUUCGCAAGCAAUAUUCUAUGGCCUUGAUACCCAUUUGUACGUUGGAACUACACUCGUCAGUAUGUAUGCAGAGUGUGGGUGGAUUAGUCAUGCAGGAAAGGUGUUCGACAAAAUGUUUGAACCAAACAUUGUGGCAUGGAAUGCAAUGAUUACGGCAUAUCUUAGGUGUUGCGACGUUAGGGGUGCAGAGAAAUUGUACAAACAGAUGCCAGUUAGAGAUUUGAUCUCCUCUAAUAUCAUGUUGGCUGGGUAUAUGAAAUUUGGGGAGCUUCAGUUUGCCAAGAAGCUGUUCUUCCACGAGAUGCGAUUAAAAGAUGAUGUUUCUUGGAGCACAAUGAUUGUAGGGUUUUCUCACAAUGGAUGCUUCGAUGAGGCUUUUGAUCUUUUCGUAGAAUCCCAACGGCUUGGAUUGAGAUCCAAUGAAGUAAGCUUAACAGGAAUUCUUUCUGUUUGUGCACAAGCCGGAGCAUUCGAGUUUGGCAAGGUUUUGCAUGGUUAUAUCGAGAAAUCCGGGCUUGUUUGGAUAACUUCCGUGAACAAUGCACUAUUGGAUACGUAUUCUAAGUGCGGAAACAUUAACAUGGCUCAACUAGUUUUCAAAAGAAUGCCCGGAAAAAAGAGCAUAGUUUCUUGGACAACAAUGGUGGCUGGAUUGGCAAUGCAAGGGUACGGUGAAGUGGCUCUAAAAGUGUUUCACCAGAUGGAGGAAUCCGGGAUUAAACCUGAUGGUAUUACCUUCAUUUCUGUUCUUUAUGCUUGUAGUCAUGCGGGUUUGAUUGAUCAUGGAGAUCGAUACUUUUCCAUGAUGAAGAACCACUAUGGUAUAGAACCGACCUUUGAACACUACGGUUGUAUGGUUGAUUUAUAUGGUCGGGCCGGCGAUCUACAAAAAGCCUACAACUUCAUAACUCAAAUGCCAAUCAAACCAAACGCUGUUAUUUGGCGAACCCUUUUAGGUGCUUGUAGUAUUCAUGGUAAUGUCGACUUGGCCGAGGAAGUUCAAAAGACGCUCUCUGAACUCGACCCUAAUGAUUCUGGUGACCAUGUUUUAUUAUCGAACAUAUACGCCGUGGCUGGGAAAUGGAAGGAUGUUUUGACAGUUAGAAAGUCGAUGCACUGUCAAAGACUAACGAAAACCCCUGGUUGGAGCAUGAUUGAAGUCGAUAAAGUCAUGUAUAGUUUUGUGGCGGGGGAAAAACAAAAUGAGGUGACGGACGAGGCUUAUAAAAAGCUCGGGGAAAUUAUGUUACGACUUAGAGUUGAUGGAGGAUAUGUAGCGGAAGUAAAUGGGAGCGUUUUACAUGAUAUAGAAGAGGAAGAGAAAGAAGAUGCGGUAGCUACGCAUAGUGAGAAACUGGCCCUUGCAUUCGGGAUGUCGAGAUUAUGUGAUGGAGGGGUGAUACGAAUAGUGAAGAAUUUGCGGGUUUGUAAGGAUUGUCAUACGGUUAUGAAGCUCGUUUCGGAUAUUUUUCGAUUGGAGAUCGUAUUGAGAGAUAGAAGUCGAUUUCAUUGUUUCAAAGAUGGUUGUUGCUCUUGUAGAGAUUACUGGUAAACGAGUCAACGAAGUAAUAGGCACGAUUGAUUUUUGUAGUAGAGAUUUUGGAAAGUGUAUGUAAAAACCAAUACCUAAUCA